AUGCGCGGGCGGCGCCGGCCCCAAAAAAACUGGGGCGGGUGGAAAACGCCGACGAAGCGAAUUCGGGCGCGGGAGGAGGAGGAGGAGGAGGAGGAAGAAGAGGGUCCCCGUGUCCCCCCAGCCCCCAUCGAGGUGAUCCCCUGCAAGAUCUGCGGGGACAAAUCCUCGGGGAUCCACUACGGGGUCAUCACCUGCGAGGGCUGCAAGGGGUUCUUCCGGCGCAGCCAGAAGGGCGGCCCGAGCUACGCGUGCAGCCGCCAGCAGAACUGUCCCAUCGACCGCGCCACCCGCAACCGCUGCCAACACUGCCGCCUCCAGAAGUGCCUCCGCCUCGGCAUGUCCCGCCAAGCCGUCAAGUUCGGCCGCAUGUCCAAGAAGCAGCGGGACCGGCUCCAGGCAGAGGCGCAGCAGCAGCUGGAGCAGCGGGAUCGGGAACGGGAACAACGGGAACAACGGGAUCGCGAACAACGGGAUCGGGAACGGGCGGCCCAGGGGGCUCCGCUCCCCCCCCCGGCGCACCCGCUGUCCCCCGCUGUCCCCCCGAGCUGUCCCAGGGUGUCCCCUCCCGUGCAGGAGGGGACAAAGCGGGGACAGGACGGGGACGGCGACAGGGGGGCCCUCGAGUGGUUCCCCCACCCCGGGGGCAGCGGCGUCCUGGAGUCCCCAACGGCGUCCGCGGGGGAGAUCGAGCAGCUGACGCUCAGUGUGGUGCUGUCCCAUCGCGACACGUGCCGGCCGCGGCCCGAGGAGCUGCAGCGGCGGCGCUGGGACACCUUCACCCGGGACGAGAUCCGAGCCUACCAGAGCAAGCCCUCGGCUGAGAUGUGGCAGCGCUGCGCCGGCCGCGUCACCGAGGCCAUCCAGGACGUGGUGGAGUUCGCCAAACGCCUGCGGGGCUUCCUCGAGCUCAGCCAGAACGACCAGAUCGUGCUGCUCAAGGCGGGUGCCCUGGAGGUGGUGCUGGUCCGCAUGUGCCGAGCCUUCAACUCCGACAACCGCACCGUGCUCUUCGAGGGCAAGUUCGCCGGCGCGGAGCUG